CUUUCUAUCUUACUUUCUAGGGUUUGUAGUUUGAUCACGGCAACAGCAGAGAAGGGAGCUCUCUCUCUAUCGAGAGUUUCAGCGAGUCUCUCAUGGCUACGCUCUAACCUGAAAACUCUUAAUAUAUACAAAUAAUAAACAAAUUAAUAAAUGGAAAACGCGGAAUCUGAUGAACCAGAGAAGAAGAGGCCUCACUUGACUUCCCCGCUCUCUCCCUCUAUGGCUCGCAACUCCUCCGCUUCUCCUCCGACCAACACUGUUGAUGUGGCAGUUCUCCAGUACCAGAAUCAAAAGCUUGUUCAGCAAUUAGAAAUUCAAAAGCAUGAAUUGCAAGAACUUGAAGCCAAGAUUCAAGAAUUAAAAGACAAACAAACUUCAUACGAUGAUGUGCUGAUCACGGUGAACCAACUGUGGAAUCAGUUGGUUGAUGAUUUGGUCCUACUUGGUGUCCGAGCUGGGGGAGGUCAAGAUGCUUUGCAAACCUUGGAUCAUUCAGAUUGUUCUGGAGGUUCAGUUCCAUCAUGCCCUGCAGAAGAGAUUUUCAUUUGUAGACUGUUGGGGAAAGAUUCUAUUCAAACCAGUGGGAAUAAUGGAAUUGUUGAAUAUGUUGAAGAAGCCCUGUCUUCUCGCCGUGCGUUUACAAUGAGGUUGAUGAAAUAUUUGGAAGAUACGAUUGAUGCUCAGAGGGUGAAAAUUGAGAGCAUAGCACAUGCCUUUCUUGGGAAGCUAUACACAGAAGAUGGCAUCAUUCAGUUGUCAAGGAUAGAUGAUAUGAUGAAAGAGGAAGCUAAGAAUCUACACAAAGUUAUUGAUGUUCUUCACUUGAAGCAUAAGGAGUAUACUGAUGAGAUUCAGACUUAUGUCAGUACCCAUUCAACGGAUCAAUCUGAGAUUAAACGACUUGCAGGUGAGCUAGAAGAGUUCAUGGCUGAACUUGAAGAAAGCAGAAGAAAGCUGGUCAAUCUGAAAAUGCAGAAGGAUGCAGCAGCAGGGGUGCAUACUCCAGCUCCAAGUGUAGUAAAUGGAAGCAUGUCGCCUGAAAAACCUGCAGAGAGGUCUAAGGGUUUACGGGAACUGAAGGAUUCCAUUGAGGAAAUGAAGGUAUUAGCAGCUGACCGUCUUUCUGAGCUUCAAGAUGCACAAGAGGAAAAUCAAAUCUUAUUAAAAGAAUUGGAAGAUAUUAAGGAUGAAUUGAAGGAUGACAAACAUGUACAGUCAUCACGGCUCUACAAUUUGGUAAAUGAUCAGCUCCAACAUUGUAAUGCUGAAGCAGAGAGAUACAAAGCACUUACAAGUUCUUUGCAGGCCGACAGGUCUCUUGUUGUGAGAAGGGAGAAGGAAGUGAAUGUGAAAAUUGAAUCUGCAGAUGCUGCAAGAAGUACUAUUGACACUGCUGAAUCUAGAAUAGAGGAGCUUGAACUUCAGCUGAAGAAUUGUGUUAUUGAGAAAAAUGACCUUGAGAUUAAAAUGGAAGAAGCUAUUCAGGAUUCAGGGAGAAAAGAUGUUAAAGCAGAGUUCCGUGUAAUGGCUGCUGCUUUGUCCAAGGAAAUGGGUAUGAUGGAAGCACAGUUGAAUCGGUGGAAGCAGACUGCCCAUGAGGCACUUUCGCUGCGUGAAAAAUCUGAAUCUCUUAGAGCAUCAUUAACGGAAAAGACAAAUGAACAAAAAUGCUUAACACGUAAAUGUGCUGAACAAAUAUCAGAAAUCAAAUCCCUGAAGACUCUGAUUGAGAAGUUGCAGAAGGAAAAACUGGAACUGCAAAUAAUACUGGACAUGUAUGGACAGGAAGGUUAUGAUAGCAGAGAUAUGCUGGAAAUAAAAGAGUCUGAGCGUAAGGCUCGCUUGCAAGCUGAAGUCCUCAGGAGUGCUUUGGAUGAACAUGGUCUAGAGUUGAGAGUCAAAGCUGCUAAUGAGGCUGAGGCUGCUUGCCAACAAAGGCUUUCUGCAGCUGAAGCUGAGAUAGCCGAAUUAAGGAUGAAGCUCGAUACCUCUGAACGAGAUGUGUGGGAGCUCACUGAAGCUAUUAAAAGUAAAGAUAGGGAGGCUGAGGCAUAUAUCUCUGAAAUUGAGACAAUUGGUCAAGCAUAUGAAGAUAUGCAAACACAAAACCAACACUUGUUGCAGCAAGUGGCUGAGAGGGAAGACUACAAUAUCAAGCUUGUUUCUGAAAGUGUGAAGACAAAGCAAGCACAAAGCUCUCUACUCUCAGAGAAGCAAGCCCUAACAAAGCAACUUCAACAAGUAAAUGCAUCAGUGGAAUAUGUAAAAAUGAGAAUUGCCCAGAGUGAGGAGCAGAUGAAAGUUUGUCUGACAGAGGCAAUUAGAUAUACUGAAGAAGACAGACAUCUCGCAGUCAACCUUGAAACAGCACGGUGGGAAUUGAUGGAUGCUGAGAAGGAGUUGAAGUGGCUUAAAUAUGCUGUUGCUUCUUCUGAGAAGGAAUAUGAGCAAAUCCAGAAGAAGAUGAAUGAAAUUCAAACUGAAUUACACAAUGAAAGAGGUGAGAGGAAGAAACUUGAGAAAGAGCUCUCGGAGUUGAAUGCUAAGAUAGUUGAGUUGAGCUCUGAAAGUGGUGAGGCUGCAAUACAACGACUGCAAGAUGAAAUAAAAGAUUGCAAAAGUAUGCUCAAGUGUAGUGUGUGUUCUGACAGGCCAAAGGAGGUUGUAAUUGUAAAAUGCUAUCAUCUAUUCUGCAAUCCAUGUAUCCAGAGGAAUUUAGAAAUUCGUCAUCGCAAAUGUCCUGGAUGUGGAACUGCAUUUGGCCACAGUGAUGUUCAGUUUGUUAAGAUAUGAACAAGCUUUUUCCUAAUUCUGUAGUUUUGUAGCUUGGUUUUGGUAAUUAUGUGCAUCAAUCUCUGAUGUCUUAACUUGUAUGUUUCUAGUGUUAUAGAAAUAAUAUUCUUCUGUAAUUAUUUGACCAAUCAUGUUUCUGUACAUAUAGGAAGGAUAAAUAAAGCAAGGCAAAAUCCGGAAGAAUGAUCCAAUGACAUCAGAUUUUAGAAACGGAAUUAGAAUCUUUUAGAAACGAAUUCUGUUUCUAAAUUAGCAACGGAUAAAUAGAUAUAUAUAUCUGUUUCAACUGAUUGAGAAACGAGCUCACUUGUCAAGGAUGAUAUUUCUAAUCCAUUUGUACAGCGUUUUAGCAAUGGUUUUUCUCGUUCUAGAAAUGAAAAUUUUCCUCUCC